AUGCAACAGAAUGUCUUCCCUGCGCCGGGCUCCCCUGCCGAAGGGAAACGCGAUAUUUUGCCCGGUGCAAGUGCAGGUGCAGUUACGGCAAAACGGCGCGCUGACGACACGCGCCGUCUGCGAAGAGUGAAGGACUCGAGGGAGCAACUCAAGAGCAGGACGAGGGCACGCGGCACCAGCAACGCCACCAUCGACACGACGACGAGCAAUUCGACCUCGGCCGGACGGAGCUAUACCGUAGCCAAUGUCCACAACGGCGUCAUCUACCUGAGACCUGUAGCCCGUCCUGGUAACCAGCGCGGCCGUCAACCGGAUCCCUUCGUCUUUCCGCCCCAGACGCCGCCCGACAGCGCAACCCUCGACAAGCUCCGCCCGACCAGCAAUGAAUGGGAGCAGAGUCUGUACGGCUCAAGGACACCCCACUCUGAACCUACGCCACCGCUGCCAGACCUGAACGAGGGCAAUGCCUUCCAGCAGCAACCCCAGGCAGAUCCCACCACUGGACGACUCGCACACGUGCGCUCGCAUUCAUUCUCCACCGUUGACGACCACACUGCCACGACGCUGAGCCACGAGCCGGGCACCUUCAAAGUCGUCAUCGAAAGGCCCUCGCAUAUGCGCCCCAAGACCGCAGACACAUCGUCAUUCCCGCUGUUGCAGGUUCCCAUCCCGCAUUACCGCUUGGGCACUCCGCGUUUCAGCACACGAGGGACGGCAGACCUGCGCAGUUCGGUCUACACCCGAACCUCAGGCACCGAGGACUUUGCCAAUUCGCUCCUGACCCCACAGCGAGGGGUGCGGCAGUCGUUUCUGUCGUCGCGCCCACGUUCAGACGCCUAUUCGCCUGUCCCCCACCGCUUCCGCGCCACUAUGGACCGCCCAGCUGUACCCCUCUCCGGUCCCUCUUCAGCUCGUGUCUCGCACAUGCCUAUUAGCCCUCGACUCUACGAUGCCCUUACAAUCAACCCCGACGACCGCGCUGUGGUGCGCUUCAACGCCGAGGGUGAGAUUCUCGCAGCCACCCCUUCACGACUUGUAGCGCAUAUAACCUCUCCAAGCUUCCUGGAUUACGAACUCCUAUCCGACUUCUUUCUGACUUUCCGCGCCUUUCUGUGUACCCGAGACCUUGUCGCAUACCUCAUAUCUCGACUGCGAUGGGCCGUCGAUCGCCAAGACGACUUCGGGCGCAUCGUCCGCGUGCGUACUUUCGUAGCCCUUCGCCAUUGGAUUCUGAACUACUUCGUCGACGACUUCAUGCCGUAUUACUCUUUACGAACUAAUUUCUGCGACCUUGUCAACAGCCUGUACAGGGAUCUCCGGGCUCGACAAGACGGAGGUGGGGGCGACAUCAAGAUUGUUGGGGAGUUGAAGAAGUGCUGGAGGCGGACGUGUGCGCUAUACUGGGAGACCGAAGAUAUUAUCGGCCAAAACUAUGCCGACGACGAGCUGCUUCCAGGCGGAUACGAUGGCUCACAAGCAGCAUAUGAGGAACCCCCUCCGGUUGUUCCAGUACCAAGCACUCCUCCACGAACCAACGUCCGGGACACCAAGGAAACUAUCGGCUCAAACCCAAGUGACCAUUUUGCUAGUCGGCAUAUGGAUUGGGCGCAAAGAGCACGCCAUACGCCUCAGAACUCCAUGAGUUCACCCUACAUACCAUCACAAGAAUUCGAAGCCGCACCCACGCAAAUACCCCUAUCGCCCGCCAGCGAGCAGAGUAUGCACGUCCUCUCUUGUUCUAUACCCAUGCGAGGUCUGAACAAACACGACCAGGCGGUCGAGCUUCCCUUGUAUCCACAUCCAGUACCGGUCGCCAACUCAGUCCCCACUGGUACUGCUCGCUUGACAGCCAGUCCACAACAGCCAUCAUCCAUCAAGAGCGUCCACCGCCCGUCGCAUGGCCACAAGCGUAGUGGAAGCUUUUCAGACGCUCUGAGGGACAGCAGAGCUCCGCUGUCCAUCCCCAAGAAUGCACCCGCGGACUAUGCCAUGUCAGCUGUCACGAAUAUGCCUGGCACUCUAGUGCGCGGUGGACUCUUCCAACCCAGCUCCCCAUAUUUCGAAAUCAGAGCUAUACGUCCUUCGCGCUCUCAGUACCUUCAAGAGAUUGACGAUGCUGAAGUGAAUGAGUUCCAAAGACCAGGACAUGCCACUGCCCAUUCCCCAGGCAUGAAAAAGAUCUUCGGCAGUGUACGUCGCGCACUAAGCACACGGCAGCAACUGAGCCCAAGCCCCCAAUUAGGUAGCGUUAGCCAACAGCGCCAGCCGUCAUACAUGCGAGCCUCCAACCCAGGUGCAGCAUCAGCCGUCUCAGUUUCAGGCGGUGUACACAAACGACGUCCUGCUCGACCGAGACCACAGGUGCGUAUUGAUGUUCUGGCUGCUACGGUCGCAGAGAGCUUUCGAGCUGCAGUUCAGGAGCAGCUCGAAAACGAAAGCCAUGAAUACCAUGGUAUUGACCCUCCUGAUCUUGGGGGAUUCGAGUUUGAGUUCGAUAGCCGUGGUACAACAAAUCCGAAUGAGCACCAGAGGGCACCUGAUCCCCGCGUACACAGCGCCAUUACUAGUGGGAGCAAGUCGAUUGUGAUUAUCGACGAUACUGGUCCGCCACCUUUACCUGUCAUGUCGGAUACCCUACCACCCGAUCUUGAGAAGGAGCCCACAAAGCUAGACAGCCAUCAGCAAGAGAAAACACUUGACGAGAAGCUAGCUGGCGAAGCCGCUCCAUCAGUACACAACUCUGAUCUCUACGACUACCCAGAGCCUCGCUCAGCACCGCCAGAGUAUCGCACCUCGCGCAUGUCGACUCGACGGCCUCCGACGAGACAAAGAAGAUCCAUCUCUGCAGGUCCAGCAAGGAUGCAUUCCUUCCGACGCCGGGGCUCUACCAAGACCUCCCUGUCUCUCCGUCGACAUGCAUCCUAUAACAGCGUGCUUAGCAGGUGUCAAGGACCUGCCAGCAUUGCGACAUUUCAAACGAUGUCAUCAGAAAAUGAUCCCUUCUUCCUCGAACGUCAGGCAGCACCUGAAGCUAGUGGGCCCGCCCGCCAGCUUCGUAGAAGACCGGGUGGUGACCUCCGCGCUGCAGGCAACGUUCAUGAUCUUGAGACUUUGCAGCGGCCACAUUCCACCGGUUCUGUUUCCAAUCGCACACACUCAGUGACAAACUCUGUCAUCCUACGGUCUGAUCGCUUUAUCGAUUCAGAGACAGAAGUCAAUCGUGUUUUGGAAGGGCCAGCUGAAGCUGAAGUCCCAAAGAAGCCAAUUUCGUUAGUAGAUACACACUCCUCACAGCCCAACCUGAGACCUUCUUUCGAAGCUGAAGUAGCAAAGCUUGCUGCUCUGCCUGAUGAUACGGACGAUGAAGGCGGCGUCGAAUCGGCCUUGAUGAAACUGGAAGGGCGUUAUGAGAAGAAGUCGCCUAGCAUCCCCUCCCAACGAACCACUGUUGAUCUGGAUUACUAUCGCCCCACAGGAGCUUCUGAACAAAACACGCGACCUGAUACCUAUGAGCAGGAUGUUGAGCAACAUGAGCGUCCUGGAACUGACGACGUUUUCCACCGUCCGUUGGCUCCCCCAGAAACAGACGGGCAAGGCAUAUAUCGCUUGUCUGCCGAGAACUUCAAUAGCCGCGCACCUGCGGUUCAGUCAGUGGGCGAGUCAACCGACUCUUAUUCCUCGAUACCACUUCUCGAUCGGCGCUUGAGCGAAAUCGCAACCUCUCAGCGAGGGCAUACGCUCGAUACCAUGAGGUCCUCUGCCAAGCCAUCACCCCUGCAAUUUGCUAGCAACUCACCCGAGCCUGCUCGCGCCCCAGGGACAUCUUCCUCGAUGGAUUCAUCUGUUGAUUACAUCGUCGAGACGGACAGCAUGAAGCGGAUACCGCCUGGUGGGACCUUACCAAUGACUUCGUACCCACGUGAGUCAUUCCUACUUGAUGAGGAUGAGGAUCUCAGCGAGAUGGGCUCCGGAGAUGGUGCAAAGUCGGGUCGUGAUAGUCAUGGGGUAAGAAGCUUCUUCGACGAUGAGCCAACAACGCCUGAGGCAGAUCCUGAUAAUCUGCCAACGCAUCCCAUGCGCCACCCUCCAACACCGCCCCUUACCGGAAACCGCUUGAAUGAUGCUGUGCCCAGCCCAACAAUCUUCGAAAGAGGUCUGCCUACGCCAGGUCUCACACCGACUGUCUCCCGAGCGAACCCACAGUCGGCUCCUCAACCUGGGCCUCUUGCUGACUCUCCCGCUGACCUCGAAGGUCCUCAGCAGGAUGCGUUCCCAACCCGAACCGCGCAUCUGCCCUUCGUCCUGGCUUAUGACUCCGAAAUCCUCGCUCAGCAACUUACCAUAGUCGAGAAGGACGCAUUGGACGAGAUCGACUGGAAAGAACUCAUCGAGUUGCGCUGGAAGCAAUCUUCUCCACAAAUCCGUGAUUGGGUACAAUAUCUCAGAACAGAAGAGGCCAGGGGUGUAGACGUUGUCAUCGCGCGUUUCAAUCUUGUCGUCAAAUGGGUCGUUUCCGAGGUCCUGCUCACUGAGGACAUCCAUGAACGGGCGCGAUGCAUUACCAAGUUUAUUCACAUCGCAACACAUGCGCGACGAUACCGCAACUACGCCACUAUGUACCAGAUUGCGAUUGCCUUGAUAUCGAACGAUAUAUCAAGUCUCAAGAAGACAUGGGCUUUGGUUCCCGCAGCUGAAAUGCUGGUCAUGACAGAGCUAGAGGCACUCGUUCAGCCUUUGAAGAACUUCCACAACCUGCGGCUUGAAAUGGAGACAGCAACUGUCGACGAUGGCUGUAUUCCAUUUAUUGGCGUCUACACGCGCGAUCUCAUCUACAACGCUCAGAAGCCCGCCUUUAUUGACGCCCCACCUGUCGGCGGCGAACGACUGGUAAACUUCGACCGACACCACACGGCCGCCACCAUCGUCAAGAACCUACUCCGAUUGCUCGAAGCCAGCUCCAAAUACACCUUCAAUGUCGAACCACACAUCCUCAGCAAAUGUCUUUGGCUAGCCGCCCUUAGUGACGAGGAUAUCACACGGCGCAGUCGCCAAUGUGAAUGA